GACUGGAAUCCGUUUUGCGCAUUCGGCCUUCCAUAUCGAGCAGCUCAAAACAAUCCUGAACACACAGAUGCAGGGUUAUCGUCACAUGCUUUUAUCUUCUGCUCCGACAAAAUUAGCAAAUUGUUGGAGGUCGUCUAGGCUUUCAGCUCUUUCUCUGCUGUCUUCACAUCGGUGCUUUAAAAGGCAGUGUCACUCACAGACAGUUAUUAUACUACAGCCCGAAAUGAGGGUUAAGAUACUAUCAGCAUUGCAAGACAAUUAUAUGUACUUGUUGAUUGAUGAGCAAACUAAUGAGGCCGCUAUUGUUGACCCAGUUGAGCCUGAGAAGGCCCUUGAAGCAGUCAGACAAGAAGAUGUAAAGUUGACCUCUGUACUCACAACGCAUCAUCAUUGGGAUCAUUCUGGAGGAAAUGAAAAGCUUGUUACACUGCAACAAGGCCUCAGUGUUUAUGGUGGAGAUGACAGAAUUCCAGCUCUGACCAACAAAGUUAACCAUGAUGAUGUCUUUAAGAUUGGGUCUUUGAAUAUACGCUGUCUCUUCACUCCAUGCCACACAUCAGGUCAUAUUUGUUUUUAUGUCACAGGGCAAGAUGGCCAAGAACCUGCUGUAUUCACAGGGGAUACCCUGUUUGUGGCAGGCUGUGGUAAAUUCUUUGAAGGUACACCUGAUCAGAUGUACAGUGCUUUAAUCAACACCCUCAGCAAACUUCCAGAUGAGACGAAAGUGUAUUGUGGUCAUGAAUACACUGUGAAUAACCUGAAGUUUGCAGAACAUGUGGAAUGUGGUAAUGCUGAUAUUAAAGAAAAGAUGUCCUGGUCUCAGGUUCAACGUAGCAAGGAUACCCCAACAAUACCCUCAACUAUUGGAGAAGAGAAAAAAUACAAUCCAUUCAUGCGAGUAGGAGUUAAGUCUGUGCAAGAACAUGUUGGUCAGUCAGAUGGAAUUGCUACUAUGGGAGCACUAAGAACAGAAAAGGAUGGUUUCAAACCCAAAUCGGCAAUAUAGACAAGCGUACAUUUAUAUCAAUCAUGAAAAUAAUAACAAUAUUAGUAAUGUAUCAUAAUGAGUAACUAAUAAAGUUUUAAAUUAAGUG